AUGGAAGACGGAUUGUGCACGAGAAGCGAUGGUGGAGCUAUGAUGCAAGGAAAAAUUAGAGAUGAGGAAAAGAAGCUUAAAAGAAUGAAGAUUGAAGAUACGGUGGAGAUUGUUGUUGAAAUCUCAAAUCUUUCAGCAACAGGAAAUGGACUUUCCUUGCUAACUCUGUCAGUGGCGAGGGUGAUUCCUCUUCAAUUUCGGGAAUUGCUCUUUUUCAUUUCACUGUAUAUGGUGGGCAUAGGACAAGGAGGACAUAAACCAUGUGUGGAAGCAUUGGGAGCAGAUCAAUUCGAUGAAGAUAGCGCUGAACAGAGAAAAGCCAAGAAUUCCUUCUUCAAUUGGUGGUAUUUUGGGCUAUCCGGUGGUGCGAGUGUGGGAAUUCUAAUCGCAACUUAUAUUCAAGACAAUGUGGACUGGGCAAUCGGCUUUGGGAUUCCCACGAUCGCUAUGGCAUUCUUGGACAAGGCUGCCAUUGUGGAUGACUUAGAUGCAUCUUGUUGUCAAAAUAGCUGGAGGUUCUGCACCCCAACACAAGUCGAAGAAACAAAACAGAUCAUGCGCCUUGUCCCCAUCUGGCUUUGUUGCUUGAUGCUUGCAGUUGUGUCAGCACAACCUCCCACAUUUUUCAUCAAUCAAUGUAGCACCAUGAUCAGGAAGAUAUCGUCCUCCUUUGAGGUGUCUCCUGCAUCUGUGGUAGUUGCUAGAAGCCUAACUGCUGUUACACUCGUCCCCUCUGCCCUAACGAUGCUCCAAAGGAUUGGAAUUGGGAUGUUUCUCUCGGUGAUUUCCAUGGUCGUAGCAGCAUUUGUAGAGAUGAAAAGACUUGGAAUUGUUAGAGAAUACGUGCCCUUCGAUCACCCAAAUGCAACCGUUCCUAUGAGCUUUUGGUGGUUGCUACCACAGUUAAUUUAUGGAAUCUCAUACGUGUUUUGGGUUGUGGGCUUGCAGGAAUUUUUCUAUGAUCAGAUUCCUGAUGGGAUGCAGAGCAUGGGAGCUGCAGCUUAUCUUAGCAUCUUUGGCAUCGGAAGCUUCCUCAGCAGUGUUAUCAUUUCGUUGAUCCAAGCUAUAAGACCGGAGUGGUUAACCAAUGAUCUUAAUAGUUCGCAUUUAGAUUACUUCUACUGGCUUCUUGCAGGAUUGAGUGUUUUGUGGUUAGGUUUCUAUAUUUGUGCAGCCAAACGCUUUGUUUACAGGCAAACCUAUUAUGGCCUUUCAUAG